GAUCGGUUAGUCUUCCUCGCGCCGAUCGAGCACCAAGUUGCAACCAGAGGUGGCAUUAUUCGGAUAAACUGGGAUAAACUUUUAAGUUUCUAUUCGGAUACAUUUGGAACAGUGGCAAAAUGUACACGCAGGCCGCAGCCUUGUUCCUGUUCCUGUUCACCACGUUGGUGAACGGCAGUCACUACGUCCAGUACGUUCAGUCGCGAACAAGUACGUCCGGAGGUUGCGACAGCUACACGUGCGGCGUCAACGCGAGGUGCACGAUGAGCUUGGGGCGGCCAGUGUGCUCGUGUUUGAAUCUUCAUAUGGGAGACCCGCUCGCGCAGUGCGUGCGAGUCGAAUGCCUAAUUAACGACGAUUGUCCAUACAACAAAGUAUGUACGAACAACAGGUGUGUCGACCCCUGCGUAGGUCUGUGUGGAAUAAACGCGAACUGCUUGACUAGAAAUCACAUAGGUACCUGCGAGUGUAUAACAGGAUACGUUGGAGAUCCGUUCUCGGCUUGUCAAGUUGCUGAUCCUCAAGCCGCCUGUAAACCGAGUCCAUGCGGAGUGAAUACUCAAUGCGAGGUGAUCAACGAAGUGCCAGUCUGCACGUGUCUACCGGGUUACAGAGGUUCACCCUUAAGCGGGUGUCGUCAUGAGUGUGAGAGCGAUAUCGAUUGUCCUCAUCAUCUCGCAUGUUCAUCGUUAUAUAAAUGCGAGAACCCAUGCAAGUGCGGAGAGAACGCGGAGUGCCAAGUCAUCAAUCAUCAAGCGAAGUGCACCUGUCCGAAAACAUGGACGGGAAACCCAUUUGUCGCAUGCCGACCGGAGUGCACCACCCACUCUGAAUGCCCAUCGAAUAAGCCCGCUUGCCUCUAUCAGAAAUGCGUGAAUCCUUGCGACGGCGUGUGCGGCGUGCACGCCGACUGCAACCUACGCGGUAUCACUCCCGUUUGCAGUUGUCCGAAACAUAUGACCGGUAAUCCUUUCGUCAGCUGUAGACUGUUUGAACCACGCGAUCUCUGCGAGCCAAAUCCCUGCGGUAUUAACGCGAUUUGCACACCGGGCCACGACAAUACCGGGAAAGAGAGGCCGGUAUGCACGUGUCCCACCGGCUACAUUGGCAACGCUUUGACGAGCUGCCAGCGCGGGGAGUGCUUCACCGACAGUGAAUGCCCCGACAAUCGGGCGUGUAUCGAUUUCACCUGCAGGAACCCGUGCACCGGCCACGAAUGCGGCCCGAGCGCUGAGUGCACGCCUCGACGUCAUAUCGCGGUCUGUACGUGCCCGCAGGGCACCAGAGGCGACGCCCUGUACACCUGUAAUCCGAUCGAGAGCAAAUCAGUGUACAAUUACGGCCGCGCCUACCGUUAUCGCCACUACUAGUCACGUAUAAAACGACACCACGAUCCCACGUUUAAAAUACUCAACGUUUUAAUACUGUAACUUCUAUUCCAAUUUUAUAUUCAGUCGUACUUUUGCGAAGAAUUGAACCGGGGAAUAGAAAGAAGUUAACCGCCUAUUCCUUACGCAGGUCGUAUAACAGAGUAAUAUAUAUUUUUCGUAACGCGCGCGCUACG